GGCAGGCCGAUCUGCAGGCCGGCUUGGACACUGUGGGGUACUGUUGGCAGAGUUUCCACCCCUGGGCAUCCCGUAUAUAUUGAGCUGAUCACACCAUCACAAACACACUGGCACAGACAGUUUCCUCCUUGCCGAUCCAUUCACUAUGGCCACAGACCACCAGAACCCUGCAUCCAAGCAGCAGCAGCCAGGCACCAGUGCGUUUAAGCUGGUUAUCUAUGAGCAGGAAAACUUCCAGGGACGCUGCCAUGAGCUGACUGGCCCCAGUAACAACCUCCUGGAAGCAGGCAUGGAGAAAGUGGGCUCCAUACUGGUGCUGUGUGGACCAUGGGUGGGAUACGAGCAGGCCAACUGCAAAGGGGAACAGUACGUGUUUGAGAAGGGGGAGUAUCCUCGCUGGGAUUCCUGGACCAACAGCAGACGCAGUGACACCAUUGUUGCUUUUCGCCCUAUUAAAGUGGACAGCCAGGAGCACAAGAUUGUCCUUCACGAAAACCCCAGCUUUGCAGGAAAGAAGAUAGAAAUCAUAGACGAUGAUGUCCCCAGCUUCCACGCACACGGCUACCAGGAGAAGGUCUCCUCUGUCCGCGUUCAGAGUGGCACUUGGGUGGGCUACCAGUACCCAGGCUACAGAGGCUAUCAGUACCUGUUUGAAAAGGGGGAGUACAAGGACAGCUCUGAGUUCGGGGCCCAGAUUCCUCAGAUCCAGUCGGUUCGUCGCAUCAGAGACAUGCAGUGGCAUCAGAGGGGUGCUUUUCACCCCGUCAACUAA